AUGAGAACGAUGACUGAGCAGAGUGGUUGCUAUAGGCCUGUAAACAUACAGGGAAAUAAGUUCAGUUACAAAGGCACUGGUCAAGAAAGCCCUGAAAUGGGGAUGAAAAGAUUGCAGAAGAGAUUCCUCCACAAAGAUGGCAGCUGCAAUGUGUACUUCAAGCACAUCUUUGGGGAAUGGGAGAGCUACGUAGUGGACAUAUUUACCACACUGGUGGACAUCAAGUGGCGCCACAUGUUUGUGAUAUUCUCCUUGUCCUAUGUUCUCUCAUGGUUGUUCUUUGGACUCGUCUUCUGGCUGAUAGCUAUCCAACAUGGAGAUUUAUUCGAUGAUGAAGAUAUAACCCCCUGUGUUGCCAAUGUCCACAGCUUCACAGGAGCAUUCCUGUUCUCCCUUGAAACCCAAACGACCAUCGGUUACGGUUACCGCUGUGUUACAGAAGAGUGUUCUGUUGCAAUCCUCAUGGUCAUCCUGCAGUCAGUCUUGAGCUGCAUAAUUGACACCUUCAUCAUUGGAGCAGCCUUGGCUAAAAUGGCCACAGCUCGAAAAAGAGCUCAAACCAUUCGGUUCAGCUACUACGCCGUGGUGGGCCUGAGGGAUGACAAAUUCUGCCUCAUGUGGCGCAUCGGGGACUUCCGGCCCAACCACAUGGUGGAGGGCUCUGUGAGAGCCCAGCUGCUGCGCUACAGGGAGGACAAGGAGGGCAGAAUGACAAUGGAAUACAAGGACUUGAAGUUGCUAAAUGACCAGAUCAUACUUGUUACCCCCGUGACAGUCGUGCAUGAAAUUGAUAGUGAGAGCCCCUUGUAUGGCUUAGACCGGAAAGCUCUGGCCAAGGACAACUUUGAAAUCUUGGUCACUUUUGUCUACACAGGUGAUUCAACAGGAACUUCACAUCAGUCAAGAAGCUCGUAUGUCCCCAGGGAGAUUCUUUGGGGCCAUAGGUUUAAUGACAUCCUACACGUAAAGAAAAAAUACUAUAAGGUGGAUUGCUUGCAGUUUGAGGAAACCACAGAGGUUUAUGCUCCUCACUGCAGUGCCAUGCAGCUGGAUCGGAAGGAGCAGGAGUGGAACCGAGCCGAGAAGACACGGGAUAAAGAAGCAGAGAAGUCAGCACUGGAGAUCAAGUCAUUCAGCACUAACCAAAAGUCAUUUAAUGCAGUGGCCCUUAUCACCAGUUGUGAAGAUCCAGAAGAGCCCUUGCCAGCUGUCAAUCAGCCUUCUGGAGAAAUUUCUUAUCGGAAAGCAGCUUUGACCUUAAGCAGGUUAUCAAUAGAGUCCCAAAUCUAG